AAAAAUCCUUUUCCUUUUUUUUUUUUUCACUUUUUUUCUCUUUUAUUUUCAUCAAGGUUUGUGCCUUGAAAACCUAUUUUUGGUAUCUUUUCUCUCAAAAUCAUGGAAAGUGAAAGCCAAGACCCAAACACGCCUCGAAACCUCGGAACUGAAAGAACUGAGCCAGUCAGAUCAAGAUGGACUCCCAAACCUGAGCAAAUCCUCAUACUCGAGUCCAUCUUCAACAGUGGAAUGGUAAAUCCUCCCAAAGAUGAAACUGUGAGGAUAAGAAAACUUCUUGAGAAAUUUGGCUCUGUUGGAGAUGCCAAUGUUUUCUACUGGUUCCAGAAUCGGCGGUCGCGGUCUCGACGCCGACAGAGGCAGAUUCAGGCUAGUCUUGCCGGAGAACAACAAGCUCAGGCCACUGCUGGCGGCGGCGGCGGCGGCGGCGGCGGUGCAAUUCAGUAUCAAAGUGGGUUUAUGGUUAAUUCACCAUGUUUGGGUUUAUCUCCAUCUUCAUGUUAUGUGGGUUCUUCUUCUUCAUCAUCGUCAUCAUCUUGUGGGCUUGUUGAAAAUGGUAGUGUUGUUGAUGAUCUCUUUUGCUAUUCUGGUCAAAUGGGUAUCCCUGAAAUUGAGCAAAACUCAUCGAUGGUGUCGAUUUUGGGCGGUUCGGAUGCUUCCAAUUUACAGUACCAAUUUGGAGGAUUUAUAACAGUGUUUAUAAAUGGAAUAGCAACGGACGUGCCAAGAGGAGCAAUAGACAUAAAAUCAAUGUUUGGGGAAGAAGUGAUGUUGGUCCACUCAUCUGGAAUGGCAGUACCUUUCAACGAGUAUGGCAUUUCCUUACACAGCUUGCAGCAUGGUGAAAGCUAUUUCCUGGUUUCAAGACCCAAUUAAAAUGGAUUAGAGCUGCACCGACCAGUGGGAGCUUCCUCUACGAGGAUUCGAGAUUUUGUGAUCUUCAGAACAAGAAAUCUUCUUUUUUUUCUUUUUUUUUUUCCCUUGUCCUACUAUUUGUUUCCUUUGUUUUCUUGUUUUAUGGGAAGUCAAGUUAGCUUAAGUUAAUGUCAGCUGUUCUACAUAAUCUCCACAUCAAAGAGUCAGUGUAUUUGUUUGUUUUGGAUUUUUGAUAUGAAUGGUCAUCAUAAUUCCAAAUA